AUGUCAAUCGUCGACAAUCCCCCAGAUCUGGUCCGGGCAGGAAAGAGACACGGGCCGGGGCUCAUUAUUCUUGCGUUGAUUCCCCUCACAGCGUUUGGACUCGGGACGUGGCAGGUCCAGCGCCUAGACUGGAAGUCGAAAUUAAUAGCGAAGUUCGAAGACCGUCUUGUUCGAGAGCCGUUGCCACUACCCCCCCACAUCGACCCUCAAGCGAUCAGCGAGUUUGAUUACCGGAGAAUAUAUGCCACAGGGAGAUUCAGACAUGACCAGGAGAUGCUAAUUGGCCCUCGAAUGCAUGAUGGGAAGGAUGGCUAUCUAGUUAUAACUCCCUUGGAACGAGGUGGCAAGGGAACCACGGUGCUUGUGAAUAGAGGGUGGAUUCCGAAGAAGUUUAAAAAGCAGGAAAGCCGGCCUGACGGAUUGCCACAGGAUGUGGUCACGGUUGAAGGACUUCUAAGAGAACCUUGGAAGAAAAACAUGUUCACACCCGAAAACAGCCCAGAAACGAAAGAAUUUUAUUUUCCAGAUGUUGCGCAAAUGGCCAAAUUAACUUGCAGUCAAGCUGUAUGGGUGGAGGAAACUAUGGAUGCGGAUUUACUAAAGGCUUGGGACAGGGAGGCUCGUGGGAUACCUAUUGGUAGGCCGGCAGAGGUUAAUCUGAGGAACAAUCAUGCACAGUAUAUUUUCACAUGGUAUGCUUUGGCGGCGGCAACGUCCGUGAUGCUAUGGAUGGUGGUUAAGAAACCUCCGGCAGACAUUUCGCGUCGAGUGCGUCAGAAUAAAGACUGGUCGUAG